AUGACUGCCCGAGACAAACCACUGUUCAGUGGCAACAUAGCUGGCACACCAGUGCGAGUAAUAGCUGAUUCUGGGGCAUCGGUGAAUGUUUUGAACGAGACAGAUUAUCUCGCAGUAAAGAACAAGUCGAAGCUUACACACUCAAAUUCGAGGGUGUACCCAUACUACAUGUCAGCAGAACCACUCAAUCUACUUGGGAAAUUCCAAGCUGAUGCAUCGAAUGGUCAAUAUACUUGCAAAGAGACAUUCUUCGUUGUGAAUGGACCAAGCAGUUCGCUUUUGAGUUGGAAAGCGUCUCAGAAGUUCAACCUGAUCACAUCGGUCAUCAGUGUGUCUGAACCAAAAUCGCAUCUUGACACAGACAUUAUGAGUGAAUUCCCCACAGUGACCGCUGGGAUGGGAACAUGCAAAUGUGAUCCAGUCAAGGUUGUUGUCGAUGAAUCGAUCAAACCAGUAGCACAACCUCAUCGACGUAUCUCUUUUCACGUCAGAAAGAAAGUCGAACAGAAACUGGAUGAACUUGAAAGGGCUGACAUAAUAGAACGAGCUGAAGGUCCAACACCUUGGAUAUCACCUAUAGUUGCCGUUCCAAAGCUAACAGGUGACGAGAUACGCAUCUGUGUCGACAUGCGUGCAGUCAAUCAAGCAAUAAGUCGUGAACGUCAUGUCAUACCUACCAUUGAUGACAUUGUAGCUGACCUGAAUGGCUGCAAAGUGUUUAGUAAGGUUGACCUAAGGCAAGGCUACCACAAAUAG